AUGUUUCGACUCCUCACUGCUCUAUUUUGGGCAUUUGGAAGUGGGCUUUCUGAUGGAUCAGUUGGGGUUUUGUUAAACUACAUUGAAAUUCAAUAUCGAAUUUCAUAUUCUGUUGCAUCCAUAUUAUGGUUGAGUAAUGCAUCGGGUUGUAUUCUCGUUGCAUUACUUUCCGACGUGAUUCAGAAGAAGCUUGGCCGGAAAUCAAUUUUCUGGGGUUGUGUCUCUUGCAUAAUCAUGUAUACGUUAGUGCUGACUGGCCUGUAUUAUCCAAUUAUAGUGAUUGGGUUUUUCUUUUAUGGUAUGGGCGCUGGGAUUUGUGUAGCUCAAUAUAAUGUAUUUAUUGGAAGGUUGGAAAAGUCUUCAACUGCACUUGGUUAUUUCCAUGGUUGCUAUGGAUUGGGUGCUUCUGCUUCACCUUUAAUUGCAACUGCAUUUGUUGAAGCUGGGCUAAAAUGGAACUAUUACUAUUUGGUUGUAUUGGGGAUAUUCUUGAUUAGUACUGUAAACACAUACUUUGCUUUUGUUCAUGGUCAAGAAGAUCUCAAUCCAUGGGACGAGAAAGAACAGCAGCAACAACAGCCAGUAUUGCAAGUUAAAAGUACUGGGUUGAUGAAGGAAGCAUUGACAAACAAAAGAACAUGGUUUUCCGCGUUAUUCAUAUUCUUUUAUCAAGGAGGUGAAGUAUCGUUGGGUGGGUGGAUUACUACCUAUUUGAGAGAUUAUAGAAACCAUAAAAACCCUUCAAUAGGGUACGUUGCUUCUGGUUAUUGGUUUGGGUUAACUUUUGGAAGAUUAGUAUUAACGAGAUUAAUUCAUAAGUUAAUUGGAGCAAGAAGAGGGAACUCCAUCGCUAUUGCGUUAUCGAUAUUAUUUGCAUUACUAACAUGGGUUAUUCCAAGUUUACCCAUUGAAAUAGUUACUAUAACAUUAGUAGGUAUAAUGAUCGGUCCAGUAUAUCCGUUAAUGAUUACUUACAUAGUACUGGAAGAUUUAAUCCCAAGAAAAAUUGCAGUGAUUUCAGUUACGGUAAUGACAGCAUUUGGAUCUUCGGGUGGUGCCAUGCUUCCAUUUUUGGUGGGGUUAAUUUCUCAAUUUGCGGGGGCAUUUGUGGUUUUACCACUGUUUAUUGCGAUGUUUUUUGUUACUUUAUGCCUUUGGUUAUUGCUUCCAAAUGCUAGUUAUACCAAAGGAACAGGUAAAAUUGACAUCUUAAGAAGAAUUUGGUGA